AUGUUAGGUUGUAUCAUCUUGUCCACACUGCGAUUCUUCCGAAUUCAGAUCAGGAAGAAUUUUGGAUCUCAAGUUGAAGCAUUUUUUGUAAUUUUGACUGCCAUUCAGUUUCACAUGUUGUUCUACUGCACGCGCCCCCUUCCUAACAUAUUGGCAUUUGGUCUUGUAAACAUGGCCUAUGGGUAUUGGUUUAAGCGAAGUUUAUAUGCAGCAUUAAAUUCUUUGGUUUUGGCCACCACUAUCUUCAGAUGUGAUAUCUUGUUACUUGCUGCGCCUCUGGGCCUAGAGCUAUUGCUGUCUAGAUCAAUUUCAUUGCCGAAAGCUGUAUUAUCUUGCGGGAUAGCUGCUUUGUUUUGCAUAGGUCUUACAGUGUUCGUAGAUUCAAUCCCAUGGAGAAGAUUGUUAUGGCCUGAGUUUGAGGUUUUCUGGUUCAACUCGGUUUUGAACAAGAGUUCUGAAUGGGGUACCCAUGCUUUUCACUGGUACUUCACAUCAGCACUUCCCCGUUCAUUGCUGGCAGCGUAUCCUCUGUUUGCGCUUGGUGUUUUUCUUGAUAGAAGGGUUCUGCUCUAUAUCAUUCCGGUUUUCUCAUUUGUUUUGCUUUAUUCUAAACUUCCACACAAGGAACUCCGUUUCAUUAUUAGUUCUCUUCCUAUGUUUAACUUCUCAGCUGCUGUUGCUGCUAGCAGAAUCUACAACAACAGGAAGAAGGGUUUUUGGAAAUAUGUUUAUGUUGCCAUGCUGGGGUUGUUCCUGAUCAGGUUAAAAUAA